GAGCAGAGCCCCAGCAACGCCACAUCCCUGGCGAUGAUGCAGGAGCCCCAGGAGGUGGUGGAGGAGACGGUCACCAUCGAGGAGGACCCCGGCACCCCCACCUCCCACGUCUCCGUGGUCACCUCCGAUGACGGCACUACACGGCGCACAGAAACAAAGGAUGUCUCCUCUAACGUGAAGGUGACUAAGAUGGUGAAGACGGUGACCACCCGAACAGUGCGCCAGGUGCCGCUGGGCCCCGACGGCCUGCCCCUCCCCGAGGGCUCGUCCCCGCUGGGCAGCUACACCGACUCCAUCGACCGGCGCUACAUGAAGAACGGAGGUGACCGCUUCAUCACGCCUCAAGCAUCCUCCACCCUGACGCGCUCCUACAACAACUCCUACAACGACUCAUACGGCGAGGCGCCCGAGAGCCAGUACGUCCGCCACUACGGGCUGCACGAUGGCUACGCCGAUCUGACGGAGAACUACGGCAGCCUUUCACGUGGGGUCAACUUCCGGCCGCCUCGCUACCCCUACAUGCCCAACAGCUACCGGCCGGAGAACAGCUACACCCUGCCCAUUCGCAAGGAUGACUACGGCCACGUGGCGCAGCCCCAGGUGCCCAUGGGCAGCAGCACCGUGGAUCUGAACCGCUCGCAGCCCGAACGCUUCCAGGCCGAGCCGUACGGCCUAGAGGACGAUCGCCGCAGCCUUCCCCCUGAAGAGGAGGAGCCGUACGAGCUGGAGCCGGACUACUCCACCGCCAACCGUCGUACGGGCACCCUGCAGGGGCCCAACCGGGGUCGCACCCACCGGGAACCUCUGCGUGAUGGGCCCAGAAUCAGAGGGUACCCAGACGAAGCCAUCGAGCCAGAGCUGAUCGAUGAGCGCCACCCCUACAUCCACAGCAUGUAUUCAGCUCCUCUCGCCCUGCCGGAGAGGGGCAGCAUGGCCAGUUUGGACCGCUUGGCAGGCCGGCGUUCCCCCUCCAUCGACAGCAUGCGUAAGGACCCGCGCUGGCGUGACCCCGACCUCACGGAGGUCAUCGCCAUGUUGGGCCACCCCAUCGACCCGGUGAAGUCCAACGCUGCGGCCUACCUGCAGCACCUGUGUUACGAGAACGAUAAGAUAAAGAAGGACGUGCGUCAGCUGAAAGGGAUUCCUGUCCUGGUGGGGCUUCUGGACCACCCCAAGUCUGAAGUCCACCGUAAGGCGUGUGGCGCCCUGCGCAACAUCUCCUACGGAAAGGACAACGACAACAAGGUGGCCAUCAAGAUCUGCGACGGCAUCCCGGGCCUCGUGCGCCUGCUGAGGAAGACCAACGACAUGGAAGUUAGAGAGCUCAUCACCG